AUGAGCGGCUGGGGAGGAUCGUACAGUCUAAAAUGUCAGCCGGUUGACUAUUCUAAUAGUCCGAUGGCCUUACGAAUGGCCCAAACUUGCUGGUGGUACUAUAUUUCUAAAUUCACCGAAUUUUUCGAUACGUUGUUUUUUAUACUUAGGAAGAAGAACCAACAAGUGUCGACGUUGCAUGUCAUUCACCACGGAUGCAUGCCGAUGAGCGUCUGGAUGGGAAUGAAAUUUGCCCCCG